GAUGAAGACACGCAGCUCCCGCUCAUCGCGAGCAUAAUCGAUCGAGAACUCAGCGAACCUUACUCCAUCUUCACCUACCGGUACUUCUUGAACAACUGGCCCGAGCUGUGCUUCAUGGCGAUCGAUUCGUCCUCGCGCGAGUGCGUGGGUGUCAUCGUGUGUAAGCUCGAGAAGCACCGGGAGAUGAUGCGGGGGUACGUGGGGAUGCUGGUGGUGGAUAAGCGCGCGCGCAAAUUGAAGCUCGGGAGCGAGCUCGUGUCGCGCGCGCUGGCCGUGAUGCAAGAAAGAGGCGCGGAUGAGUGCGUGUUAGAGGCAGAGACGACGAACGAGGGGGCGCUGCGGUUGUAUCAAUCAUUAGGAUUCAUCAGGGAUAAGGCGUUGUCGAGGUACUACUUGAGCGGGCGCGACGCGUAUCGCCUCAAGCUG